AAAAUGGCCUUCGAUUUGAAAAAAAAAGUUGCUGUUAUUACUGGCGGUGCGUCUGGCAUCGGAUUGUGCUACGCAAAAGCCCUUUUAACCAAUGGAGUUCAGGCGGUUACGCUAGCUGAUGUAAACCCAGAAUACGGCAAUAAAGCCAUCAGAGAAAUCGACAAUGAAUUCGGUAUCAACAGAGCUAUUUUCGUCCAAUGUGAUGUCAGGAACAUUGAAGAUUUGGAACGAGUAUUUUAUAAAACGGUAGAAAAAUUCAAAUUCGUUGACAUCCUCAUCAACAACGCUGGUAUUUUGAACGAUGCCAUUUGGGAAAAUCAAAUCGCCAUCAAUGUUAACGGUACCGUCAACGGAAUACUCGUGGCCAUGGACAAGUUCUUCCCUAAGUACAAGCAAAGCGGCGAAGGAGUCAUCGUCAACAUCGCUUCGAUCACUGGCAUCGACUUCCACCCUCACGUUCCCAUCUACUCCGGCACGAAGUCGGCUGUAGUGGGAUUCACGAAGUCCUGGGGCGUUCGCGAAAUAUACGACCAGAAGAAAACCAGGUUCGUGGCGGUGGCGCCGGGCGUUACUCUCACCCCGCUGAUCUUGGACAUCCACGGCAGGAAUUUGGGGCCCGUUUACGAGCAGUAUUUGCGAGAGAAAUUAGAUAACGGGAUGUAUCCUACGCAGGAGCCAGAGCACGUGGCGAAUGAAUUGGUAAAGGUGGUCAAACACGCCGAAAACGGUAGCGUUUGGGUCGUGGAAGGCGGCGAACCGGCCUUCGAAUACAUCCCGGUCGAUCCGCGAUUGCAGAGAAAGAAGAACGUUUUGAAAAUUAAAUGAGUUGAAUUAAAUUCAUUCAUUUGAUUCCUGAAUAAAUAGAAAGGUUGUAAUUUUUAGGCCACCCCUUGCGAACC